UAUAUGUCAUCCUGGGAUUUGUAGUUCCUUUUCGGGACCCUCUCCCUUGGUAACUCCUUGAUGGUGAGGCCGAGAUGGACUACAACUCCCAGAGGGCCAAGCGGCGGCAGCGGGGUCCUGUACGCUUGCUGUGGCUGGGCGGCUAGUUCAAGUUGCCAUAGCUGCGAGUCUGGGGAGAGCAGAGUCGGUUGAGUAGCUGCGUUUGGUCAGUUGCACCUUCUGGGUCACUGGUAGCCGCGGGAGCCGGGUGGGGCCUAGGCGAUGAUCCGGCAUUAAGGAGCUGGGGUCAUCCUCCGUCUCAGGUGGUUUGGGGAAAGUAUAGGGGCAACCAAAGAUCAUCUGCUUGACUAGGCCCUUUGCCCUGAACCUCAUGAAGAAAUGAUAGGAGGCAGACAUAUGUGCCUAAAAAGAGCGUUGAGCUCAGAGAAGAGCAACUCAGAGUUUUGGGGGUGUGCUUUGAGUUCCAUCAGAUGCAGGAGUCUGAACAUCUUUUAUUGCUUACAGUAACUUAACUUUAUAGCUGAAGACUUUGUGUGUGUGCUAGUGAAACUCAUGCCGGAACGUGUGAUUCUGUCUUAGUAAAAGUAUGUAAUCCUAGUGGGGGAUUUGUGUACAUCAAUGGCAGAAUCAUCCAGCGAAUCAGAUCACUUUCGCUAUCGUGACCGAUUGAGUCCAUGGGCUGCCAGAUCAGCUCACAGGGGAGCUCGAAGUCUUCCUACAGUAGAAGUUACCGAGAAGGUCAACACUAUAACAAGUACUUUACAGGAUACCAGUCGGAACCUGCGACAAGUGGACCAGAUGCUUGGACGAUACCGAGAAUACAGUAAUGGCCAGGCGGGUGCAAUAGAACAUUUAAAAGAAAGCUUGGAACAAUCAAUCGACCAACUCCGGAGUCAACGUUUAUUGAGAAACUCAGGAGGGAGAAGUGUUUCUGUUACAAGUUUGAGUGCAAGUGACCUUGAUGGUGGCACUGGGCCAGAGAGCCAUCGUUUUCCACCUACCUCACCUCUCAAGGACUAUGGGGAUCCACUGGGUAUUAAACGAAUGAGAUCAAGAACUGGUGUCCGCUUUGUUCAAGAGACUGAUGAUAUGACUCAGCUUCAUGCUUUUCAUCAGUCUCUUCGAGACCUCAGCAGUGAACAAAUUCGCCUUGGAGAUGAUUUCAACAGGGAGCUUUCCAGAAGGAGCCGGUCGGAUGCCGAAACAAAAAGGACUUUGGAAGAAUUGACUGAAAAACUUAAUGAAGCCCAGAAACAAGAAGUGGUUUCAGAUCGGGUGGAGCGGCGGCUUAAGGAACUAGAGAGAGAGAUGCGCACAGAAAGGGAGCUGGUGGAAAGACGCCAGGACCAACUGGGACUCAUGUCCCUGCAGCUACAGGAGGCACUAAAGAAACAAGAAGCUAAAGCAGAUGAGCAUGAGGGGGCAAUAAAAAAUAAGCUAAUACAAACUGAAACCGAGAAGAAUCAACUUGAACAGGAAUUGAAGCUAUCUCGAAAGUUAUUGAAUCAAUCUGAAGGCAGCCGAGAAACACUUUUGCAUCAGGUAGAAGAACUGCGUGCACAACUUACAAAAGCAGAGGGUGAUCGAAAGGGUUUACAGCAUCAAGUGUCUCAGAUUUCCAAGCAACAGUCAAACUAUCAGGAUGAACAAGGGGAGGACUGGAGGUUUAGGAGAGGGGUUGAGCGGGAAAAACAGGACCUGGAGAAGCAAAUGUCAGAUUUGAGAGUGCAGCUGAACUUCAGUGCAGUGGCAUCUGAGUUAGAGGAAGUGAAACGGUGCAUGGAGAGAAAAGACAAGGAGAAAGCACAUUUGGCAUCACAAGUAGAGAAUUUAACACGUGAACUGGAGAAUGGGGAAAAACAGCAACUCCAGAUGUUGGAUCGACUUAAGGAGAUCCAGAGUCACUUUGACACAUGUGAGGCCGAACGUAAGCAUGCUGACCUUCAGAUCUCAGAGCUGACUCGCCAUGCAGAGGAUGCAACCAAGCAGGCUGAGCAGUACCUCAGUGAGCUCCAGCAGUCAGAGGCCCUGAAAGAGGAGGCGGAGAAGAGGAGGGAAGACCUGAAACUGAAAGCUCAAGAAUCCAUUAGGCAGUGGAAGCUUAAACAUAAGAAGUUAGAGCGAGCAUUGGAGAAACAAUCUGAAACGGUUGAUGAACUGACAGGCAAGAAUAAUCAGAUUUUAAAAGAAAAGGAUGAAUUGAAAACCCAGAUGUAUGCAGCAUUACAACAAAUAGAGAAUCUUCGAAAGGAAUUGAAUGAUGUCCUAACAAAGCGUGCCCUUCAGGAGGAGGAGCUUCACUCCAAGGAGGAGAAACUACGUGAUAUUAAGUCUCAUCAAGCUGACCUUGAAUUGGAAGUCAAGAAUUCCCUGGAUACCAUCCAUAGACUGGAAAGCGAAUUGAAAAAGCAGAGUAAGAUCCAAAGCCAAAUGAAAGUUGAGAAAGCGCAUUUGGAGGAAGAAAUUGCAGAGCUCAAGAAGAGCCAGGCCCAGGACAAAGCUAAACUUCUUGAGAUGCAAGAGUCCAUCAAGGACCUGAGUGCCAUCCGAGCAGAUCUUGCUAAUAAAUUGGCCGAGGAAGAGAGAGCCAAGAAAGCAGUGCUUAAGGACCUUUCUGACCUCACUGCACAGGCAAAAUCCAGGGAUGAAGAAACAGCUACAAUCAUCACACAGUUAAAGCUGGAACGAGAUGUGCACCAGAGGGAGCUGAAAGAUCUCACAUCAUCGUUGCAGAGUGUGAAAACAAAACAUGAACAGAAUAUCCAGGAGCUUAUGAAGCACUUUAAGAAAGAAAAGAGUGAGGCUGAGAAUCAUAUCAGGACACUGAAGGCUGAAAGUUUAGAAGAGAAGAAUAUGGCUAAAGUUCAUCGUGGUCAACUGGAUAAGUUGAAAUCACAGUGUGACAGACUGACAGAGGAAUUAACCCAGAAUGAAAAUGAGAACAAAAAACUGAAGCUAAAAUAUCAAUGUUUGAAGGAUCAACUAGAAGAAAGGGAAAAACAUAUAAGCAUUGAAGAAGAGCACUUAAGGAGGACCGAAGAGGCCAGAUUGCAGCUCAAGGAUCAACUUCUUUGCUUGGAGACUGAACAGGAAUCCAUUCUUGGUGUGAUAGGAAAGGAAAUUGAUGCAGCUUGUAAAACAUUCUCCAAGGACUCAAUGGAGAAAUUAAAAGUUUUUUCAUCUGGUCCUGAUAUACAUUAUGACCCACAUCGCUGGUUAGCAGAAAGCAAGACUAAACUUCAGUGGCUCUGUGAGGAACUGAAAGAGAGAGAAAACAGAGAGAAAAAUCUGCGACACCAGCUGAUGCUCUGCAGACAACAACUCAGGAAUCUGACUGAAAACAAGGAAUCUGAGCUGCAGUGUCUCUUCCAACAGAUAGAAAGGCAGGAGCAGCUUCUGGAUGAAAUACAUCGUGAGAAGAGAGAUCUACUGGAAGAGACCCAAAGAAAAGAUGAAGAAAUGGGAUCUCUGCAGCCGAAGCUACUCUUUAAACUUCCACCUUGGGAAGAUGCUAGUCAGACUGCAGUGAGAAAUCAGAGUGAAGCUCAAUUGGAAGAAAAAGCAGACCGUGUAAUUGCAUUAGAAACGAGUACCCGAGUGGCCUUGGACCAUCUGGAGUCUGUGCCUGAGAAACUGAGCCUACUAGAAGAUUUCAAAGACUUCAGAGAUUCCUGCAGUUCAUCUGAGAGAACUGAUGGAAGAUAUUCUAAAUACAGAGUUCACAGAAAUUCUCUUCAGCAUCACCAAGAGGACAUCAAGUACAGAACCAAAAGUUUCAAAGGUGACAGAACCUUUCCAGAAGGUUCCCACACUCAUGGGUUAGAUCACUCAUCCUCUUGGCAGGAUCACAGUCGCUUCCUGUCUAGUCCAAGAUUUUCAUACAUGAACUCAUUUACCAAAAGAACUGUUGCUCCAGAUUCAGCUUCAAACAAGGAAGAUGCCACAAUGAAUGGAACAAGUUCACAAUCCAAAAAAGAGGAAUAUGAGAGCUAGAAAAGCAAAUGAAACUGAAGUUACACAGUUGCCAAUUGCCAUUCUCUGGACGAAUGCUCUCUUUUUCUCAAACAGACAGAUGCUAGGUUGUCCUACGCAGUCUAUCUUCUGCUGCCCCAUAUGACCCCACAACUUGUCGCCCUCUCAUUUUCAAUUACUUUUAGUGAAGCAGUUUGACUGGUAUUAUUUAAAUAAAAUUAAAGUUACAAUUUAUCCUUACAUAUUGGAAC